AGGUAUGAGCUGGGCAAAGUGCUGGGUGCGGGGAGCUUUGGCAUAGUGCGAGAGGCGGUGGGGAAGCGGACGGGGAUGCGCUACGCAUGCAAGACCAUCCCAAAGGUGCCCAAGAGGGGCAAGGGAACGCCGCGAUACCUGCUGAAGCUGCAAACUGAGGUGGAUGCCAUGGUGCAGCUGGGCCCCUCCCUGGACGCCGUCUACCUAAAGGGUGCGUUUGAGGACGACGGAAACAUCCACCUGGUGAUGGAGCUGUGCAGCGGCGGGGGAAUAUUGGACCGCAUGAAGGAGGGAACGCUGACGGAGGCGCGCAUUGCUGACAUCAUCCGCUCCGUGCUGCGCUUCAUCGCGCAGUGCCACGCCAAGGGCAUCAUCUACCGCGACGUCAAGCCCGACAACUUCCUGUUCCUGUCCAAGGACGAAGACUCCCCCAUCCGCGCCACCGACUUCGGCCUCUCCAUCAGGCACUGGCCCGCGGACGGCAAGCUGAAGUCGCGCAGUGGCACGCCGGUAUACAUGGCGCCAGAGGUCAUCAUGCAGGAGUAUGGGCCGGAGGCAGACCUGUGGAGUGUGGGCAUGCUGCUCUACCAGCUCCUCACCGGCACCUUCCCUUUCUGGGACUCCGGGUGUGUGCUGGCUGUAAUGCAGGUGUGGCAGGCGAUUCUGACGAAGAAGGUGGACCUCAAUUCCUGGAAGAUAAAGCGCUCUGUGUCCAGCCCUGCCAGAGACCUCCUCAAGGGGUUGCUGGAGCGCGACCCGGCAAAGCGGCUGACGGCGGCGGCUGCGCUGGAGAUGGCGUGGGUGCGCGAGGGUGGCUGCGCGCCCACCACCCCCCUGGAGGGCACCGUCGUGCAGCGCCUGCAGCGCCACGCCACCUACGGCCACCUCAAGCAGGCGCGCUGCUUCACCUUUGAAAUGCUCUACUGGAACCCGAGCUUGUUCGAGGAGACAGACACAGACAGCUCAGGGGGUAUUGAUUCGGAGGAGCUGGCGGCGGGGUUGUUGAAGCGCGGGUACAGCCUGACGCGUGCGGAGGUGGAUCAGCUAAUUGACCGCAUGGACCUCAACCAGGACGGCAACAUUGCCUUCGACGAGUUCUCCUCCGCCCUUGUUGACUGGAAAAAGCUGCAGCAGGACGAUCUGUGGGUGCGCUGGGUGGACCAGGCCUUUUCGAAAUUGGAUUUGAACGGCGAUGGCUACAUUAGCCUGGAGGAGAUCAUGCACAAGCUGCCCCUCAUGACCACAGAUCCAGAUGACGACAUCGAAUCCGAACGCCUGCUUGAGGUGCGCAGCUGCCCUGCAGCUUCUCUGUAG